GGCUGGUGUACAAACAGAUGUCAGGAUUAAAAAUAUGACAAAGUAAAUUUUAUUCAGUGUAUUGACUAUUGACUUAAAUGUCGUCUGUAAUUAUAUAAAAUUCACGUAGAACUUUAUUGUUCACAUAAAUUAAGUGAUUGCAUAACAUAACCUACUGUUUAAAUAUGAAUUAUUAUUCAAGUAUUCAAAUAUUUGUGUUGUUAUGAAUGGUUAUAUGAAAUUGGACCGUGGCUUGCGACGAACGCUUUUUGUUACAUAUAAUCUAAGUCAUGUUAGAAAUGUAAAAAGCGACCGAAGUCUCGCUUCGAAAAUCCAAGUGCGUUCUUUUAGAAGUUCUCAAUAUGCAAGACAAUCCCAUAAAGAUGGCAUCACGUCUCUUCCUUCACCCCAAGAAGUUACAAUUACUCUGCGUAAAAAUGAAUUCAAUAAGGAGUUCACAUAUGGUGCCAUAAAGUCCUAUGAUUCUAACCAACUAGCUUCCAACGAUCCCAUAGAAGACACGAGAAGUGAGGCGCAGUGUAAGAUGACACCAGGUUACUUAAUGGGAGUGUUUGAUGGCCAUGGUGGUCCUGCGUGUGCUCAAGUUCUAUCAAAGCGGAUGAUGAAAUAUAUCGCCGCUAGUCUACUGCCAUCCAAUCUUUUAGAAAAUGUGAAAAACCAAGAAGAAACAGAUAAUUUAAUAGAAACAUUUAAUGAUAAGGCGGAUAUAGUGCAGGACCUAAAAAAUAUAUACGAUACCAGUUUCCGUCACUUUCUAUCGGAACUGUCGCAAUUUCACAAACAAGAAGUAGACGUAAAAUCUGCACUAGAGAAAAGUAUACUUCAAUUGGAUGAUGAUCUGUCAAGAGAAGUUUUAGAACCGUUUGCCGCUGAUGGAACGCUAAAUCACAAGACCCUAUCGGUCGCUUUAUCCGGAGCCGUCGCGUGCAUAGCGUAUAUCGACGGACCCCAUUUGUACGUCGCGAACGUCGGUGAUUGCAAUGCCGUUUUAGGGACGAUGACCGAAGAGAACGAAUGGAUUUCAAAGAAAAUUACCAAAGAACAUAACUCGGAAAACUUUGACGAACUGAAACGGAUAUGGAAUGAGCAUCCGGAUAGUGAAAGAAAAACUGUGAUAAGAAGGGACAGACUUCUGGGAGAGUUAGCGCCGUUGCGUAGUAUGGGCGACUUCAGAUAUAAAUGGCCGGCCGAAAUUCUAUCAAAAGUUGCCGUUCCACUGAUCGGGCAAAGAGCGAUACCGGCUAAUUACCACACCCCGCCGUACCUGUCCGCCAAACCCGAUAUUUAUUAUCACAGACUAACUCCAAAGGACAAAUUUUUAAUAAUCGCUUCGGAUGGCCUUUGGGAUAUGAUGACGCCGCUACAAUCUGUGAAGUUAGUCGGGGAGCACAUGAAAGGCAAAGUGUUCUUCAAUCCUCUGAAGUUGCCCAGGAAGAAUAUACAGCUGGGCGAUAUCAAUGAAUUGUUAUCGCACAGGAAGGAAAGUUUAAAGAGCAAACCAAAGGAUAGGAAUGCGGCCACGCAUCUCAUAAGACAUGCGAUUGGUGGAACAGAAUAUGGUGUCGAUCAUUCUAGACUCGCCCAUUUGCUCAGUCUGUCCCCGGACGUAAGUAGAAUGUUUAGAGACGACAUCACUGUAACUGUAAUAUAUUUCGACUCUGAGUACUUAAGACAAUGUCCGGCAUAAUUAUUGUGAUGGGUAUUCAAUUUGGUGCCUUUUAUUAUGAUUAUGCUUUUGUUUUCAAUUUAUAAUUUAAUUGAUGAAUGUUCCUAGUUUUGUGUGUAAUUGUGUGGUUUGAUUGAGAAUGUGAAUGUAAAAUGACGUAUUUAAUAUGUUUGAACAUUAUGCGUAAUUAUUGUGAUGAUGUUUAAAUUUCCGUAAUGUGAGAUUAAAUUGAUUGCUUUAAUAGUUUAUUUCAAUUAGAUUUGUUUUAAUAACAAUUAUUUGAAUAUUUGACAUUGAUACAAAAUAAAUAAUUAUUCGUAUUGUUUUAUUUUAUUUAUGACAUUGUUUUGUAUAAUAUUUUUAAUUAUCUAUAAUAGAUUAUAAAAAAAAUAAUCAUUUAUUUGUUUCAUAGCACACUAGUUCUCACAUAGUCACACUAGGAUCCCCUGUUUUGUGGGAAACUAGUUUCAUCAAAAAACAAAAGUAAGAUUUUUAACAACUCCAGUGUAUGUGCGAUUGAGUGUGCGUGUGUGUGUUAUAUUUUUAAUCUUGUUAUUAAUUUCAUAAAGUUUUAAUUGAAGGAUUUAUUUUAUUUGUUUAAUAAAGGAUUGAAACACUCAAUCGUGUUGAGUUGUUUGCACAAUUAAAUUAUAAAAUAUUUUAUUACUUAUGUAUCAAUGUUUUCAAGUAACCAUACUACAAAUUACAUAUACGUAAUAUUAAUGAUUAAUGCCGUGUUUAAAAUAAACGGUUAACGCUUUGGUGUAUUGUACAAAAUUUAGUCGUAUUAGGCUAAGGCUAAUCGAGAAAAAUAAGAUAAUAUGUGUAAUACAGAAAUCGAGCAUUGUAAAAUAAGUCAAUUAUGAUUUAUUACUUGGUACAAAUAUUGGCUAACAAUUUGAUAAGUCUUUAAAGGUGUAGAUGGCAUUUUUGUGCCUUUUAUAUAGGUCUAUCUACGCGUGGACCAAUGGCGGAGCGUAGAAUAAGCGUAACAAUAAAUCCUGCUCGCCCAUUGGCUGGAUAAAUUUAUAUAUGUGUAGUUUAUUCGCUAUUAAGAUAUUUGUCCUCAAUAGAAGCUAACUUUAUUGACCCUUUUGUUUGAUGAAUAUUUCAAUUUAUAUUUUAAAAGUUUUUUUUAACCGACUUUGCAAAAUUAUAACUUUGUAUCACUUUUUUGUGUGUAAAAUGAAUGUCAUUUAGCUGGAACUAUUGUGGCAUGUUUAAAUUCAAAAUGGAAUCUUGUUUACUUCAAGAGAAUUAGAACACAAUAUAGGAUGCUAUAGUGUGGAGUGUGGACAUGUUGAGUCAUCCAUUAUCACCUCAUACUGAAUAUCAUAUACUUGUUUUACAACCGGUUCAUUUAGAUCUUCAAAGUCAUUUGUGUUAUUUUUGUUUAUUUAAUUGUUAGCACUAAAAGCUUAGCAAGAUUGCUAUUUAUAAGGAUGAUUAUGUAUUUCAUAAGGAGGAGGUUUUGGCAUUUAUACACUGCGUUAGCAUCGCCAUUUUGGUUAAAAAUUCUCUGCCAGAAUCGUAUGCUAUCCUGUACAUAUUAUAAGUCAUAUAUUCGAUUGUAUCUUUAAUCCCUCAGCCCCCGGAAUCACAGACACAAUAGAAAAUCUAUUGUGUCGUGGUCUCAUUGGGCCGCUCGGUGGUUAACCUUACAUUUAAAAUUUAAAAGCUUAUUAAAGGGUUAGAAUUUACUAUAAUAGAGUUAUCCGUGCAUAAUCGGAUUUUAGAUGAGUAUCAACGUGAAUAUUGGUGUCUAUUUGCUUUUUCUUUGAGUCCAAAGUACAUGUUAGUGUUUAAUAAACAUGUAUAACGUAAUUAUAGCUGUCUUUAUUGAUUAAUGCGUAGUAAGUCGACCUUACUACAAACUCACUAUUCAUAUUUGUGUACCUUAUAACAUCGAUCUGACUGAAAGAGAUAUAUUAUGUAUUUUAGAAACCACUGUAUGUUUCCAGACGGUAGUGCAGCAUGACCUGUGCUAUGUGUUCGUGUGAUGUAUUACGCAUGAGUGAUCUUUAAAUAAAUGAUUUGAUUUUGGCCACUCAUGCAUCAUGAUAAUUCACGUAAACGCAUGACAUGCUUGCAUUACCGUCUAGGUACUUUAUAUUACUAUAUACGUGCCUGAUGUCAAUCAAAAUAACAAUAAUUAACUAGUACCUACUGUAUAAGGUUCGUACAAUAGGCAAAAUGUCUCGCUCAAAUAUUCUAAAUAUUAUUAUAGCAUUACAAGGAAGUUUAUCUGGAAUUCUGUACGUUAUUUAGUACAUAACCAUUUUGGCUAUAUAUAUAUUCCAAUGUUUUCGAAUCCAAAUGCUUUAAAUUUCAUUAAAAUAAGCGUAUUUAGAUUAACAUCGAUGAAUGUGUGUAUGUACAUUUUAAUAUACGUCCAUAAUGCAUAUUAGUAUUGUAUAUAACUAAUAUAACGGAUCAUAAGGACUAUAGAUUAUAACUAGACUGUGAGAAUACGAAUUUCUUAUUCCAAACAGCAGCUUCUAUGGAACAUAUUUUUGCUUUAUGCAAGUCACGUUUGGAUUUUUGGACACCCAGUAGUUUUUAAUCCGACUAUGUGUGUAAUAUAAAUUUCUAUAUGUACUUUACUUGGA